AUGGUCAAUCUGAAUGCUGAUCUAGAUCGCGUUCCAACUAAUCAUUCUGGUCUAUUCCGUCCGACCCAGUAUGGAGACAACCUUGGUGUUGACCUUCCAGAGGACCAAGUUGCCAGGGCUGUCAGACGUCACCUUAUCGACACAUCUCCUGCCUCUUCCCUGUACGGAUCAUCUCCUCGCCAGAGUAUUGCCGGCAGCAUCAAGCAAGCUGCGGCAGACGAUGGUUCCGACGACAACCAGUCUGGAUACUCUAAUCCUCCGAUCACCAGUGUCCACCAAUUGCCAGGCGGUUCCAUUACCCAUGAUAUUUACAAAUGGUCAGAGGCCCAGGAAAAUGAACAGGCUAGUCGUAACAAACGCUCAAAGUCCUUAUCCUUUGAUCGUCCACCCGCAGAUCCUGGUUUUGCCAACCUCAAAGAUCCCGGAGGAUUCCGUCGCCAUUUCAUUUCUAAAAAAGCCGCACAACAAGGCAAACGCCCCCCUCAUUGGAUGACAAACACAUUUGUUGAUUUCUUGGCUUUGUACGGUCAUUUCGGUGGUGAGGAUCUUAGUGAUGAUGAAGAUGAAGAAGAGGAUAUGGCUGCAGAACGCCGCCGCCGCCGCCGAGAUUCUAGACGCCAUACACUAACAGGAGAUGACGAGCUUUCGCCGUUGAUCCGUCAAGCUCAGGAGAAUGCCCCCGAAGGUACAGCCACACCAUCCAAGGCUGUAUUCUUGCUUUUAAAAUCAUUCAUUGGCACUGGUGUCAUGUUUUUGCCCAAAGCGUUCUCCAAUGGCGGUCUAUUUUUUUCCACGGUGGUACUGAGUGUGAUUGCUAUUGUGUCUCUUUACAGUUUCCUCUUGCUGGUCGAGACACGUAACAAAGUGCCGGUUUCUUUUGGUGAUAUUGGUGGCCUUUUAUUCGGUCCUGGAAUGCGUAUGGCCGUUUUGAUGGCUAUUACUGUGUCUCAAAUUGGGUUUGUCUGUGCUUAUAUGGUCUUUGUUGCACAAAGUCUUCAGGCAUUAGUAGAGUCCGUCUCCAAUUGCAAGACAGACAUCCCGCUGGCCUACCUGAUUCUGGGUCAGAUUGCCGUCUUUGUCCCACUUGCAAUGAUCCGGAAGAUCCAGAAACUUUCGGUGUUUGCUCUCGUUGCAGAUGUGUUUAUCCUUCUUGGUUUGGUCUAUCUGUAUUAUUAUGACUUCUUGACUCUUGCUCUUCAUGGAGUUGGAAACAUUGAAUGGAUGGUCAACACCAGCUCAUUUCCUCUCUUCAUCGGUACUGCCGUAUUCACCUUUGAAGGUGUCGGUCUGGUUAUUCCAAUCACUGAGUCAAUGAAGGAACCCAAUAGAUUUCCUAAGGUCCUCUCAUACACUAUGAUCUUCAUUACCCUUUUGUUUCUCUCCGUCGGUUUCAUUUCUUACCUUGCAUUUGGUGAAGAAGUCCAGACCGUCAUCUUGCUUAAUUUACCCCCAGGGCCUGCAGUAAACACCAUCCAGGCCCUUUAUGCAGUCGCCAUCUGUCUGUCAAUUCCCUUACAGCUCUUCCCCGCCAUCCGUAUUGUCGAGACCGGCCUUUUUACCCGAUCAGGAAAACACGACCAGAUUGUUAAAUGGCAAAAGAAUGGAUUCCGAUUUUUGACGGUUCUGGUGUGCGCUGUGGUGGCCAUUGCUGGUUCGGCUGAUUUGGAUAAGUUUGUGUCUUUGGUCGGCUCUGUAUGUUGUGUCCCACUCUGUUUCUUCUUCCCUCCAUUGUUCCAUCUCAAAGGAGUGGCUCGUUCAUGGACCCAAAAGACCAUUGAUAUUACUAUUAUCGUCUUCGGCUUGAUUGCAAUGGUAUAUACCACUUUUAUUACCGUCUCUCUCUGGUCCGCAGAAGGUGAAGGUGCUGCGCCAAUUUCAAGAUGCACACCCCCUGGUCAUUAG